AUGAACACCCUACUGUUCCUCCUCUUCCUCGCGCUCCUCCUCAUCGUCCCAUUCUACAUCAUCUACAAGCCGCCGGCCGCCCUCAUUCGACACUUUGCGCAAAAAUGGCCCGACGUUUUGUUCGAGGUUCCGACCGAAAAGAAGAUCAUUGCCCUUACGAUUGACGAUGCGCCGAGCGUGUAUACUCGACAGAUAAUGGAGCUUCUGCGGGCUAAUGAUGCCAAGGCCACCUUUUUCGUCAUUGGCUCCCAGGUCGAGGGCCGCGAAGAGCGCUUGAGCGAGCUCGUCCGCAACGGAAACGAGCUUGGCAACCACGCCAUGCACGACGAACCCUCGCGAUCCCUGAGCGAUGCGCAACUCGAGUCGGAAAUAUAUGAAGUGCGCAAGAUGCUGUUUGAUGUGUACGACAAGGAGGGCAUGGACCCACCGAAUAAUUAUUUCAGACCUGGAUCCGGCUUCUUCAGCAACCGCAUGCGCCGCCUGGUCUUGUCAUCUUCGGAUUUCGAACGCGGACUCGUUUUCUACCACGUCGCGCUCUUCUUUGUCGAGUUUGACAACGAGAGCGUGCUUCGGUCCAUCGUUAAGAUGCUUGAGAAGGGUCUGGAUAUCGUUCUCGCUUCCUUGAGCCUCGCCAUCGACCUUGGAGUCUCUUAG